UCUGUUGUUUUGCAGACAAUAAUUUGUAAUUUGACUACAGUAGCUUAAUUUAAUUAUAUAAGGCUGCAAGGCUUAUUAUUAGAUUAGAAAUGAGUAGGUCAAGUGUUAACAUAUCCGAUUCAUAUCGCCAGGAAGGUAACUCUUUCUACACUCAAGCUCAACGGGAUGGCUUGGCCCCUAUCCUCAAAAGAUCUAAGUUGGAGAAAGCCUGUUCUCUUUACUAUAAAGCAGUGCAAACUGCAAAUAAUGCUGAUCAGAAAUCUUCUGCUUACAAGAAUAUUGGUCUAGCUUCCUGGGCAAUCACCCGCAAUAUUGAAGUAAAUGAAAAGGCUUUUAAUGAACUCUCGUUCUACUACAAAGAAGCUAUCAGUGGCUUCUAUAAUGCUGAGAAAAUUGGAGCAACUUGCAAGACUGCUUCAUGGCUUGAGGGUGUCAAAUCUUCUCGAAACCAGUGCCUGAACUCUAGUUUUCAGAAGUACGUUGAUCUCCCAUUCCCAAUGCACAUGGGUGGGCUUGAGAAGUUGUGCAAUAUUUUGGAUGUGGAGGAGCAUCAAGCUGAGUGCUUUACUCACAUGGGUAAGACACUCUUCAAUGCUGCUGUUAAAGCUUUGGAGAAGAAAGAUUACAAGACAAGUCUAAGCCACCUCAAAGAAUGUUAUCGUCCCAUUGAAGAGAUGAGACGACUGGGGGCACGUGAUCCCCUUGUGGUGAGCGAGGCUGAGGUGCUCAGUGGUGACGUCCUCCUGCAUACUGCCAGUGCUGAGUCUAUGCAGGCUGUUGCAAUGGGGGAUAGCUUGCUGCAGAAGGCAGUGAUGGACAGCGAGGAGCUGAAGAUGUCCUUGAUCAUGGAGGUGCUGGACUGGUAUGUGGAGGCUGUCAUCUCUGCUAGAGAUGUUGAGAUUGAACAUGAAGCCAUAGCAUCAAGCCGCAUAGGCAAAGUCUACGAUCAGAUUCUGAAGAUGCCAUGCAAAGCCAAGAAAUACUUCAUCCAUAGCUUGCAGCUGGCACACUCGGCAGCGCCUAAAAGUUUUGUCAAUGAGGACUGGUUCAUUUUGGCGCGUGACAGCGUGGCGAGGUUCCAGGAGGAGUCCCUGGUGGAGCAGCAGCGGCGCGAGGAAGAGCUGCGACAGGAACACCUUGCUGGCCUUCAAUUUGACCUGUCGAGGCUUCACUACUUCCAAUCAAAGUACAGCUGUGGCUCGACUCAUCUUCUGCUGCUGAAGAUCUACCAGAAUUUCCCUCCUAAGAACAAGGACCACAAACUGAUCUUCACCGAAGCUGAGCUCAAGACCAUGGGUCUGUCAAAUCUGAAGAAGUUGUUCCUGAAGGCGUGCAUCCACUACCACCCUGACAAGCAGGACGUCGAGAAGUAUGGCUUACCUUGGAAGUAUUUCUCUGCCGAGAUCACCAAAGUCUUGACCAACGUCUAUGAACGUUUCAAAAUGUAAAACUCACGACGAUUUUAUGAACUUUAACAAUAACACGCACCACGAAUAUUGCUAACGUAGGAAGUCUCUACCAACACAUUAGAUGACUACAAUCACUGCAAGUCUCUACCAACGCAUUUGAUAACUACAAACACGAAAAUCUUUCCUAUCGCCUUUAACUUAUACAACAUAUUUCUAAUCUAAUGGCUGUGCGCUACUUUAAUUUUAUCUCUUCCUAGGAAAAUGGUUAAGUUGAGCAUGUUACGAUUGUGCUGCGGAAGGCAAUAGUCCUGUUGAAAGCUUCGUGGCAGAAUUGAAAACUAACAUGUCUUUAACGAGGCUAUAGUCGCUCUAUUUUUAUUACUGCACAUUUCCUCAUUCAAGAAUAUUUUGAACGUUGUUUUUUUAUUAUUAACCAGUGAUUACCGUAUCGUAUAUACUAAUUACUGAUAUAAAUUGGAUCUGAUUACCAUGCAUAUAUGUCUGGACUGGACCGAGUCGAUAAGAAUUUCAAUGCGAUAAGAGAUUUAAUUAUAUGCUUAAUUAGUGCAUCUUUGAUACACGAAACUGGCGUGCUUGGCCGUAAAAGGAUUUGAAUCAAUUUGAAGUAUGUUCAAACUUUACAUCGUGAAUUUUCACAUCACCUUUUCCGAACAGCGUUAGCGGAGCCGCUCUUAGAAUAUAAAUAUACAUUGUCAAGACGAGAAAUGGUCAUAACAAGCUUAUAUUUGUUAUAUCUUGAGCCUUGCUUAUCGCAUGUGAGGUCUCUGCCUGAAUGCGUGAAUUUGCAAUUCUAUAAUUAGGAGUAAAGAACAUUUCUCGUACAUGUUUAUGGGUUUGCCAUUCUCUGAUUUUACAACUGUGAUUAAUUAUAGUUCCUUAUUGACGCGUUUCCAUUUUAUGUCUUAAGGGAAGCGCUACAGUGCCGCAACCAAACUGAUAAAUAGUGGUUGAGUUUUGUAAUAUGUUACUUUUAUUUCUAGUUUAAUUAUCAGAUGGAGAGAUGAUGUAUUAAUAUGAGUUUGAGGCUUUUCAUGUGUGGCAUUGCAGUCUGCAUAGCUUUUUGUACUAGCACCUUCCUUGUCUAUGGGUGUUAAAUGAUCUCAUUCUUUGUCGUUUUGCGUUGUUUAAAAAAGGAAAUGCGUAUUUUCUGCGAUGGUUUAAGGUACAAAAAUACAAUAAAGCUGUGGUGGAAGACCAUCUGUCUUCCGGAUAGUUGUUUUAUCACAGAUUCUUGGCUGCUUCGGAUCAUAGUUUCUCUCUCGUAAAAUAAUUGUUUAACGGAAGCAGGCAGGCACACUCGUCUCGUCCUCUCAUGACUUGCAUGUCCUCCUUGUAGGUAACGAUUUUUCUACGAUGUUUUUUGGGAUUGGUGGUUGCAGUUGGAUUUAUUUCUUCUAAUAACAGUUGAGGAUGAUAAACCAAAACAUUUUUUACGUUACUGGUAGUGUGAAAAUGUGUCUUGCAUUAUUUACAUCAAUAGUGUAAAUAUCAAUCCGAUAUCAAUCAAUAGUAUUUCCGAUUUUUGCGUUAAAUACGAGAAAGUCGAUCAACUUUUCUCGUUCAUUUUAUUUCUCCGUGCACCCUAAAAAUGAAUGGGUACGGUAAUAUUGUCUAAAUAGUGACACACUUAGUGCAUGAAGCACUGAUAGCCUUUGAGCUGGACCAGACUGGGACGCAUGAGUCACAUAAGGGCAGAAAGUGAGUCGCUAUUUGGACAAUGACCCGCUAAUUUCUCUUGGUGUAAAAUUUGUGUUUCGCUUCAAAUUACUUUUCUUUAUUGGUCCCAGGCUGUGACCGGUAGAAACAAACUGUCUUUCGUACAUUAUGUUUUACUUGUAAGUUCCAAAUUCUGGUGCUUGUAGAGAUAAGUUUCGUGUUACUCAUAAGUGGAAUGGAGGUUAAGUUGUUUUUGUAAGGAUAUUUUUCCAUCUAUUCUGGUUAUAUUUUUUUAAGAAUGGUUCACGUUUUAGUUUGUAUCGCAUGAACCUCCCUCGUUCAGUGGCAUAUCAACGUUUAGGUUUUGCUUGCACCUCUUCCACUUCCAUUCCUAAAUUUAGGUUAAUUUUUGUAUGUUUUCGUGACCGUGCAGGGAUCUAUUACAUGUAUUUUUCAUAUGUAAUCUCAUGGUCAAGAUAUAAAGUGUUAAUGAUG